AUACGACCAACACCACCCCUCUCAAAAUUUCAAAAUGCCCUCCAACCAGACACUCUCUCAAAGCAAUGAACAAUCCCACUUUCCACUACUAGCUACACCCACCCCCCACUUGCUCUCAACCACUUCCUCUUUCUAUUCGCCAUUGUUGAAUCCCUACUACAUUCGCACAGAAACAAAAAAAAAAAAAAAAAAUGUCACGCUUCAUCUCCCUCCUCCUUCUUCUUCUCCUCAAAUUCUUCUUCAGCACCCAUAUUCACCUCGUCCAUGGCCUAACUUCUCCCUCCGAUGUCUCCGCUCUCAAAGCCUUCAAAGCCUCCAUUAAAACCUCCUCCAUUCCUCAAUGGUCCUGCUUAGCUUCCUGGGACUUCACCACCGACCCAUGCGCUUUCCCUCGCCGGACCCACUUCACCUGCGGUCUCUCCUGCAGUCCGGACUCCACUCGGAUCACCCAGAUCACUCUCGACCCCGCCGGUUACUCCGGCACUCUCUCUCCGUUCAUUUCUAAACUCACCCAGCUUACGGUUCUUGACCUCGCUGAUAACUCUUUCUACGGUCCAAUUCCUUCUUCGAUUUCUUCUCUCUCCAACCUUCAGACGUUGACUCUCCGAUCCAACCAGUUCUCCGGUUCGAUCCCUCCGUCUGUGACUCAGCUCAAAUCGCUCGAGGCAUUCGACCUUUCGCACAACUCUCUAACUGGGUUUCUUCCCAGUUCUAUUAAUUCUUUGUCCAAUUUGCGGCGGCUCGAUCUGAGUUUCAAUAAACUCACCGGCUCGAUUCCCAAACUCCCAUCGAACUUGCUUGAGCUUGCUAUGAAAGGGAAUUCGCUAUCUGGGUCUCUGACGAAAUCGUCGUUCGACGGGUUGACUGGGUUGGAAGUGGUUGAACUCAGUGAGAACUCGAUCACCGGGACGUUGGAAGCCUGGUUUUUUCUACUGCCUUCGCUCCAGCAGGUCGAUUUGGCCAAUAACAGCUUGACACGUGUCGAGAUCUGGAGCCCGGGAAGAAGCAGCAGCAGCGACCUGGUGGCGGUGGAUUUGGGUUUCAACAGAAUCGAAGGGUACGUCCCUGUGAAUUUCGUGGGUUAUCCUCUGCUCUCGUCGCUUUCACUUCGUUACAAUCGGUUGCGUGGCAAAAUACCACUGGAGUACAGUCAGAAGAAGUCGUUGAGAAGAUUGUACUUGGACGGUAAUUUCUUGAUCGGACAGCCACCGCCGGCAUUCUUUUCCGGUCAAUCGGGUGUCUCUGGCAGCCUGGGAGACAAUUGCCUGCAAAGCUGUCCAACUGCUUCACAGCUGUGUUUGCCUUCCCAGAAACCCAAUUCAAUAUGCAAACAAGCCUAUGGUGGAAAACCGAAGUCUUAGAGAGUGCCAGAUUCUUAGUCGAUUAAAUAUUUUUAUUUCUAUUUUUUUAAUAAGUUUUAAGCUAAUAAAGAAAUGUAAAAUGAUUUUUGCAUCUAUCAGCUGUCAUAAAAAAUAUAUAUUUUUGUAGUUUUGUACACAGUAAUUAAGAUUUUAGCUCACAAUAUAAUAUUUUCUGAUUAUCUGAA